AUGUCUUCUAGUGUCCUCUUAAUUCUAGCCCUCUUCGAGAUUACCGCGCACGCGAAAACAGUGACCGCAGCACCCGGAAACGGCAGCAAGCAGAGUCCGCCUCCCGAUCUAGCGCCCAAGGAAGAAUUGCUAUCCACCUGCAAGUUUCCAGGUGAGAUCAAUCUCACAAUAUCUCCAGAGUUCAUCGGGACCACGUGGCGGGGGUGGGGAACUUCGCUCGCGUGGUUCGCGAAUUACGUCGGCGGCUUGCCGCAGCAGCAGCUGACCGCGAUGCUCGACCUUAUCUUCGACCCCAUCAACGGCUUAGGCCUGAACAUCGUACGUUACAAUAUCGGAGGGGGACACAACGAUACACUCAGCCCGCAGUUUCAUCAGAGCUUGGAGGCGCAUUGGAGGGGCAUUCCUGGUUACAAGCCGACAAAGGACGGGCCGUACGUUUGGAGCGCGGACGAACGGCAGCGGAAGGUGCUGCUGGGAGCGAAGGAGAGAGGCGCGAAUGUCUUCGAGGCGUUUUCGAACAGCCCGCCUUGGUGGAUGACCCAGUCGGGUGACGUGGCAGGUGCGGUUUCGAAAGGGAAGACGAAUUUGCUGCCUCAGUACGAAGACGAUUUCGCAGACUACUUGACGACAGUCGUGGCGGAGUUCGCGAAAAGGUGGGGAGUUACUUUCGAUGCGUUGGAGCCGUUUAACGAGGCGCUGGAGGGGUUUUGGAUGGUCGGGAAGGAACACGAGGGCUAUACGGCAGCAUACGCGACACGGGGAAGCAGCUGGGGAGGGAGGUGUGGGUUAGCGAAGCUGGAGCGUUAG